UAAAAAAAGAAAACGGCGAGUCGUUCACCCGUUCGGCCUAAACGCACGCCACUUUCUUGUCUUCUUUUCUGGUUCUAGUGGUCUCUCUGCGGCGGACUCAGAAAAAUUGAUAUCACAAUCAGGGUAAAUAGUUUCGGAAAUGCCGACUCUUCAAACUUCACUGCCUCCUGAACUCGCUAACAAUGCCAUUAGGCUUUACCGUGAAUGUCUACGAAGAGCUAAAUAUAUUGGUCAUCGGCAACAUAACACACCGCUUCUUGUUGAAAUGGUGAGACAACAGUUUAAGAAAAACAUGCAUGAGACAGAUCCCGACAAGAUUCAAAAGUUAAAGGAUGAUGCUGCAAGGGGACUUAUAAAUCACAUAUUGUACGAGUCAGAGAAAAUUACUGGUCGUAAAUUUAGCAAGACUCCUCCUAAAGAAGCUUAAUUAGUUUAAUUCCAGAUGAUUUAGAGUGCUGGGUUUGACAGAUCAAUCAUAUAGAAAUUACCUUCCUUGGUUCUUAUGAUGGUUAUAUUAAACUGUUGAAAUAAAAAAAGUUGCUCAAUUACUUUCUCUAUCUGCCACUCUUUUGUUAAAACUAUUUUAGUUUCUUCCUAAUGAUUCAGUGUCUUGUUUAUUCAA